AUGGCCAAUCCACUGUUUUGGCUGACUAGGAAGGUGUUUCCCUUUAAAGUGAGCAAAUGGAUGGGUCUCUCUUACUUCCGGUCACUGAUAGUUUCCUCACCCAGCAUCCGCCAGAAGAAACUAAUCCACAAGCUUAAGCAGGAAAAAGCUUUUCGGGAAGAGAUGAAAAAUUUUCGUGAGAAAGUAGAAGAUUUCAGGGGGGAGAUGUGGAAUUUUCGAAGCAAGAUUUGUGCCUUCCGGGGCCAGAUCUUGGGCUUUUGGGAAGAUGAGAGGCCUUUCUGGGAUGAGGAGAAACUCUUCUGGAAAGAGGAAAAAGCUUUCUGGGAGAGGGAAAAAUCUUUUCGAGAAGAAGAGAAAAACUUUUGGAAAAAGUACCGCGUCUUUUGGAAGGAGGAUAAGGCCUUCUGGAAGGAGGAUAAUGCAUUGUGGGAAAGAGACCGGAACCUUCUUCAGGAGGACAAGGCCCUUUGGGAGGAAGAGAAGGCGCUGUGGGUGGAGGAAAGGGCCCUUCUCGAAGAGGAAAAGGCCCUGUGGGAAGAUAAAAAGGCUCUGUGGGAGGAAGAGAAUGCUCUCUGGGAAGAGGAGAAGGCAUUCUGGGUAGAGGAUGGAGGCUACCCGGCUGAGGAGCAGGUGCCAGGAAACGGGCACUACCACGUCAACGAAGAGCCCCAGUCACCAGCCUUCUCCAGAGCCAGGGCAUGA